UGCCAACCACUGGGGGUACCAGCAACCAGGCAGGGCACCCAAGGUUUCUAGGCUCAGGCUGGAGGGCGGGAAGCUGAGCUGGCCUGGCUGUGGAGGAUGAAAGAUGGAGUGGCCAGAUCCUCCUCCUCCUAACCCCACCCCUCCUUCAUGGGGGCUGACUCAGCCCAUUCUCAGGCCCAGAACCUUCCCUGUGACAGACCCUGGGGCCUUUGUCCCUGUAGUCAUGAGCCUGGGGGGUGGGGGGGCGGGGUGAACAGUGUUGAUAAAAGGUACCAGGGGCAGCUCCCACACCCUUCCUCAGAGCUGCUGCCCACAUGCAGGCCCGCACACAGCCCUUAGCCCAGGCCCUACCUUUCUCCCGCAGAGGGGCCCUGCCAGACGCUGGGCUCCGGGCGCCUGUUGUAAAGACGGGCCCCAGGUGGGAGGGCCUGCAGCGCACCCUGAGGGAGGUCCUCUACGUCCUCCUCUGCUGCUGGUGUGUCAAGGAGCUCCUGGAUUAAUGGCAGCAGGAGACUGGCCUCGUGCAGUGCCCAGCUCUACCCCCACCAAGACUCCCGGGGCCGGCUGCAUUGACCAAGGAUGGGCCACAAACAAGGAGUGAAGUGUGGAUCUCACUUUGGGUCGGUGCCGUCUGUCUCAGACCGGCCUCAUCUCUGGGCCUCCAUUUCCAGCCCCCACCUCUGGUGGAGCCCUGGUGCGCGGGACCUUGGCCUGCUGGCUAGGACCCUAACAAGCCUGCGGCAGGACCUGGCACUUCUCCAAGCCUGGCACAGCGAGCCCACCAGCCCAGAUGGUUGAUCUUGCCGUAUCCUCUUAGUGCCAGGAAGGGGCUGCCCCCUAAUAUCUCUGUUUGAGAAUCCCUGCGCUAUAGAUAUAAUAAA